AUGAUGCUGCUCUGUGCCUUGCUGCUGGUCCUGAGGUCUGCGCUCGUGGCGCAGGCGGCGUGGACCUAUAGUCUGAAAUGCUACCACUGUUCGAUCAUAAACUCCUUUGAGUGUAGACGAGUUACGAUAUGCGACUAUGAAGUUAGGCGCUGUUUGACAGUCUCGAUUCGUGUGAGCCCUCGUGAACUACACGUUUACAAGAACUGUACAGACAACUGCACGUUUGUCUAUGAGGCCCAAAUGCCUCCACGAGCCCCUUAUCACCUCCUGAGGACAAAUAGUUUCUAUUUUGUUCUUUGCUGUAAUGGUAAUCACUGCAAUCAAGGAGGACCCAACAAUGUGGAGCGGGACAUCUUACCUGAUGAAGCGAUCGAGGAGGCGAUAGAUAGGGCAUUGCGCCUGGGGGUCUCGGGAUUCUUCCUGAGCUUUGCCUGCAUCCUGGUCAGCAGGACACUGACUUGA